AAGACGAAGGCGGGAUUCGGUCUGGUAGACUAGAUGGAUCUCAGGACAAGGGGAUUGUUCAUGAUGAAGAGAGCAGCUGUUGUCUGUAUCCCUGAGCAGCUGGAGGUUGCAUGUGCUUGCCAUGACUAGAGAGACCCAAGUCAUGUGAUUCUGAGUGCUAACCAUCACUAGACAGAACCGAGUCAUGGCCACUAGGAGGAUGCUUCUGUUUCAUACAGCGUUAUGUUGCCAGCGGAAAGCCGCUGUUGACUAUCCAAAGGGAGUCCUUUUCAGUUUGAAGUUUGACAUUGUUUUAGUUGAGCCAAACUAUUCACCCAAACUUUUCACUCGAACAUUUGGCACCCAACAGAAAACGUUCUGGAGUACUUGCUUGGUUUUAAUGAUCUGCCAGUUGUGAUUGUAGUUUAGCGUUAUGUAUUCUAAAGUAUAUUUUGAUUUAGAGAUGAGUACAUCCUCAGUUAUUCAGUGUAAAUUAUCUUUAUCUUUUCUCUUUCUUUUUUUUAUGAUAACUACACAGAAACAAAGCUAUGGUGGUAAAAUCAAUACUUUAUGCAACUCCUAUCCUUAUUGGAAGCUGACAGGUGUUAUCUGAUUGGCUGAUGUAAGUGUUAGUAGUUUGUUUAAUGAAAAAACGUAUAAAAUGUUCAUAUGAAUAUGAGAAUUAUGAAUGUUCAUCCAUGCAGUACAAAAACCGCAAUGAACCGCAAUGCUUGUGGUGGUCUGUUUCUGUUUCAGACACUUGAAUUUCAACAUCUGCGGUGACGACUUUGAGACCAAAACGAUCCACAGAAACAAAACCCCUCGGGACCCAAUGUCCCACCGUAUCAUAGAGAAACGGAGGCGAGAUCGGAUGAACAACUGUUUAGCCGAUCUCAGCCGACUCAUCCCUGCAAGUUAUAUGAAACAAGGUCAAGGUCGUAUCGAGAAGACCGAGAUUAUUGAAAUGGCAAUUACACUGAUCAAUACACUCACAGAGAAGUUGGAGAAAGCUGAAACGUCGACAGCGCUUCCCACCCAGUCUCAAUCACUGAACCAUUGCUGUGUGUCGCAGUUGUCGCUGGGUUAUCAGGAAUGUAAGGACGAGGUGAUGCGGUACCUCGUGGAGAGCGAAGGAAUGUGUGCGAGUGACAGUUUCUGUGACCGGGUCAUGGGUCACCUUACAGUUGCCGGGGAGAAACUUCUCACAUCAGUGUCAAGAAUUCCAGCGGAUGAAAAACCUGAGAUUAAGACGUCUGACAUUCGGAGUAACUUCCCCGAGGGUCUCUUCAACCAGCAAGGUUCUGGCCAGUCCAACCACUCUGAUCUACAGUUACGUAAUCUCCUUACCAACAAUGAGCGAAUAAUAGAUUCAGAUGACGGACACCGAAACAACCGGUCAGACGCCUGUUCCCAUCUCAGUCUGUCAUCCUUAACGAAGCCAUACUCCCGAGCUGAAGGGCACUACUCCACGAAUUCCAGUGACGGGACUUCUUUCACAGAAUUCUUACGACCGGACUCCGAGAAGGGCAGUUCGGGCAGUGGAGGGGGAGGACAAGGCAGCAUAUACAAGUUCAAACACAACAUUACACAAAGAUUCUCUCAGGAGAAGCAUGUGAGCCAUCCGAGUGACACAAGCAGCACCUGUAGCAGUUCCAGGGAAGAUGCUGGCAAACUGCAGAGGAGGAAGAUCUCCAAAGGAAAGACACGAAGCCAAGGAUCACGCAUUUCUCCCUACCCUAGCUCUAGCGAACUGAGUUCAGGAAACACCUCCAACGGUACAAGCUCCUACCAUGGAGAUGUGUCUGCUGUCAGAAGUGACUCUAGCAACACUCCACCUGACCAAAGUCUGAAUGUGCAGUCUUCAUCAAACGUUCCUCUCCCCGGGUUCGUUCUACAUCCAGCUGGGACCCACUAUUUCCCGAUAUCGAUCCACCCAACCAGUAUCCCAGAGUGCUUCCGAAAGUCCAAGUUGUCAGGAGGAAUGGGUCUGUUCCAUCCCAUAUCUAUCCCUGUUCAGUUUUUCGGACCUUAUAUAGCCAUGGGUGAUGAUCAUAGCAUAGACAACUCAAUUCAGUCGGGAAGUUCGUGGGAACCAACUCAACUUCCUUUAACAUACGCAAAAGUCCCUGGACAUGUCAAUGGAAAUAGUGUAUUGUGAUUUUAUGCAUAAGGAACUUGUGUGUGAAAAGACUUUGUAAAUAUAAGACAAGACUAGGUUUCUGUUUCAUCAUCAACAUUGUAACCCGAGAUAUUCAGGGAACAGCAGCAUCUCGUCCUGCAUUCCCAGCAUGCAUUGCAACUGAUCAUGUAACGUCAUUGGAACAGAUGUAAAAGGAGGUCUCCAUGUUUCUUAGCAGUACUGAUCAUGGCGGGUCAGCAAA